AUGAGUUCUGAACGUGAAGAAACUAACCUAUCUUCGAGUGCCAACCGAGUUUUGCCUUCUUCCAGUUUGACGUUGUCUUCUAGUAUAUCAUCUAUAAUUACAAGAAGUUCGAUUGAAAAUAGUUUUUUUACUGUAAUAGAUCCUAACAUAACUAGCAGUACAGAAAUCGAAGUAAUGGUGAAAAUUUGGGUGAACAAAUUUAAAGAAAAUCCCAGAACUGGUACAAUCAAGUUAUUUGCUGUUAUAAUUAAUUGUUUUGAUGUCGAUGUUUGUGAAGAUACAUUCAUUAACUUUAAUUCUGUUUUAAUAUUUGCAAGAAUUAAUAAAUGUUUUGAAACAUUGGAAAAGACUGGUUCAUUGAUUUCUCCUGAAAAGAUCAAAAAAUCAAUAGAGAUCCAAAAAUCCUUAGAACUUUUUACUGCAAUUUUUCACCACCACAGUAACUUAUUUUUGGAUAAAGAUGCAAAUAAAAGUUAUUUUAAAUUCUUGAGAGAUAUUCUUACAAGAAUAUCACAAUCUGAUUUUGUUGGACCAAGACUUCUUGCUACAAGUUUUGGUUUAAAAAUAGUUACUGGUUUGGUACAAUCAAAUAAUAUAGAACUUGUACAGAACGAUCUCGAAAUAUUGUAUACAGAGUUUUUAAUGAAACGAUGGAAAGAUACUUCUUAUGUUGUACGAGAAAAAGUGUUACUAGAACUAAUGUUUUGGAUAAAUAUUGAUUUUAAUAACUUUAUUAAUGAUUUUUGGAUGUAUAUUUAUUGGGCACUCGGAGAUCAAAGCAUAAGUGUACAAACUAUAGCUCUUAAAAUGGCUAAUGACAUAUUAUUAAAUGCACACAGUAAUAUUCCUAAAGUGAAGAUAAUGAUAAAAAAAAUAGUUUCCGUUCUAGCUAACCUACUUUUAUCAACUAAUGAUGGAGUCGUAAUUUCAGCAUUAAAUUUAUAUUCCAUAUUGCCAAGUAUAGAUGAUGAAGAUGAUGAAGAAGUAUAUCACAUGAAUAAGGUUGAGUCAAUAGCAUUAGAAUUAGUUUUUUCUGAAAAAACUAAAGUUUCACGAGUUGCAGCAAAACAUUUUGUUAACCAAAUGGUCAAUUCUCAACCAAAUGCAUUUGAACGAUUGAAAGUUCUUAUAGUAAUUUUAGAAGGUGUUCCGUUGCAGAUUAGAUUGAUUGCUGCCUCCUUUUUUGUUGAUGCUAUUUAUGAUUUAUGCCCUUUACUCACAGACUUUAAAUGUAUAUCUCAAUUAUUAACUUUAGAAAAUCUUGAAGAUACAGAAAAACACAAUUUUAUGACUUUAUUCAUGUAUGUUGUUAAAUGGUUAAUUACUGGUGUUAAGCCUGAACAAAAAAUUGCUUUUAUGGGAGACCAAAAUGAUAUUAUUCAGUUACAUAUUAAUACAAUUAAAAAGACAGAAUAUACUACUUAUAUGGUGAUGCAUUUACUAAAUCAAUUUAAAGAAUGUAAUACACCUACACAUGCAUUUUCACUAUGGAUUUUAUUACAGUUUGUCGAUUUUAAAUUACUUCAAGAUAGAAAGAUAAUACCUGAUAUAUUAAAUCAAGUAUCUUUAUUUUAUCACACUUGGAACAUUCCUACUAUUUUAGAGAUGAUUUCAAAAUGCAUUCAUAUUAUGUCAUCAAAUUUAGAAGGUUCUGAUCAAAGCUUGUGUUUGAAAUAUAUUAAAGAUAUUGCACAAGCGAAUAUUAAUAUUUUAAAAGCUGAAAUUGAAAAUCCAACUAAAAAUACGUCAAAUAAAUUGAGUCAAAAAAAUGCUUUAAUUAAAAUGUGGUCUCUAGCAAAGUAUAACAUUAUACCUGAUGACUUGGAACCAUUGAAAUAUAUAUCUUAUUAUGUACCCAAUCUAAAGAAAAACUCACCAUCCAAUUUAAUUGUUUCAGAAUUUGCUUUAAGUGCUUUCAUGGAAGUAUUCAGAAGAAAAAUAUUUAAAGUACCAACAGAUUUGCAAAAUAAUUUUUCCAUUGAACAGUCUGAAAUUAUUGUGGAAAAUACAUAUGUUACUUUUUUAAAUGCCAUGUUAAUUACAUCAAGUAAAUAUGAUCCACAAAUUUUAAACAUCUGUGAAACUGCGUUUUUAAUUGUUGAUGACUUAUUACGGAUUAGAUUCAACAAAGAUAGAACUAAUUAUGUACUUGAUGAUGACCAAAAUAUGAGAUUAAAUGAGUUUAUUUUUUCUUUAGUCAAUAACUGUGAAUAUAGCGAUGAUUUAAAUACUUUAAGACUUGUAGAAGUAUUUAUACAACUUAUACAGGAUGGUGUUAUCGAAAUGAAUCAUUUGAUUACACUAUUGCAGCUUGUAAAAAAGGAAUUGGUUGAACAUGCACUUGUACCAGUUUUUAAUUUCUUCUGCAAAAAAGAAACUGGAGAUCAACUAAGCGAUGUAAUUAAUUUAUACUUAGUGUACAUGUAUGAAAAUAUUAUUUCUCAAAAAUCAGACUUCAAAAAUUAUACAUUAAAAGAUUUAACUGUUGUUGCUACUAUAAUUACACGCAUCUUAUGUCAAUGUACAGAUCAAAUAGGUAAACGUUUAGUAUCAACAAAUAUUCAUCGACACGGUAUUCAAUAUGCAAUGAGUGAUUCAUUAAGUAACCCUUACAUUGAAUAUCCAUUUAAAAAAUUCUUUUGGAUUCUUGUAUCUUUGUGUGAUACUUUAAUCCCAUAUGAUGCUCAACGUUUAGCUAAUGAUUUUAUUAGUAAACCUGCCACACAAGAAUUAAUUAGUUCUGACAAUGAAUAUGUACUUGGAUAUUUGUAUAAAUUAUCAGAAUUGUAUGAUACUCAAAAAAGUUAA